GGGUGUCAAAAAUGGUCAUUUUUAGCGUUAUGAAAUUUGUGAAUGAACCCUAUGAAUGCCACCCUUAAGUUUUUGUGAGAAUUAACUUGAAAUUUUGAUAGAAAUCUAUAAAGGAUAUUUCAAGAUUACCGUAAAAGUUCACCGUGUUUAUGUAGUUAGGAAUUUUGUCAUCCGGAAUUGGUUCUGUUCAGAGCUACAUCAACGCCAACGAAGCGAGAAUAGUGAUUGGUGGUUGAGUUCGAACAUCAGCGCCUUAAAUAAAGGUUUUUAUUAUGGGACCGAUUACCGAUGCAUCGCUGCAUGGAAUGAAACGAUCAAAACAGAAAGAACAAAACCUGUCCCACGCUAUGUAUCGACAUUCGCAUGACUCAAAGGGGAUUCCCCCACUCACAGUUUGCGCUUAACCAUGCUCGCAACGCUCAUUCAUGAUUGACCCUAAAAAUAUAUCAGUCAAUCACCACCAUCGACGAAAGAAUGCGUGCGUUCGCUCGCAUAUUCAGUUCAAGUUCACGCUUGGAAUCGUCAAGAUGUUCCCACUCUUCUUUGGUACGGAUUUGCACCAUGCAGUUAGUGAGGCGUGCACCAAGGGAGACCACACUUGCGUCGAAGCCUUACUGGACCAAAUACGUUCCUUCAAAGAGGCCUGCCGGAUGCAGAAUGCUGAUGGUUUGACUCCAAUUCAAUUGGCCCUCUCGCUGCAACCCGAAGGCGCAUUGGCUGGUGAAAUGUUGCACGUGGAGUGUGAGAAUUUGUCGCCUGUUGAAAGCUUCAAAGAGUUUAUGCUAAGAGGAAAUCUGCAAUUGGUCCAGAUGGUUGCGGAUCAAGUCCGGGAACAGAUAGGUCACGUUGGUAUGUUGGCUGAAGUGACUGCAGCUUUCGCCGAAUUGCGUAUUCGUAACGUUCGCCUAUCGGCGGAAAUCGUUGAUUGGGUGCAAUAUUUGCUCGUCGAAGCCGAUUAUCAGCGUGGUCUUUCAAGUGCGGAAGAUAACAGAAUGGGCGAGCAGGAACGCGAAUGGCGUUUGCGCCAUUUGGUCGAGUGCAUCGAAUUCUUGGAAAGGCAUCACCGAGGAGGUGGCUGUCGACUUAAUGAUAUGGGCGAACGAUUUUUGCUCUACGUGAGGCAAAUAUUUGAACAUGUGUUCUCCCUGAAGACCUGGCUGAAGGAUCUACCGUUGAUGCAGCUGCAGUUUUGUUUGUCGAUGUUUCUGGGAACGGUAACGGGAGGUCGGAAUGAAGAGGUUGAUAUUUUUGGAUUCAUGAUUGAUAAAGAUACUGUAAUCAACUUCCUUUCUUCGUUGAGGAUUGUGUUGGGCGAAUAUUGGGAUGUGACAACCCUGACUGCUCAGAAGCUGUUUAACUAUAUGAUUUCCGACAAGAGUAUUCCACCCAAAAUAUUUGCUUCAAUUCGGCAGAACAGCAAGUACCGUUCCGAACUCGAGAACAUCAAAACCGUCGGAUCCUUUGAACAACUGACGUCGAAUCAGAUCACCAUACUUGACAACAUUUGCAUCGAAAUGAAGAAACGUUGGAUUACAUCGACACACCGAAAACAUUUCAGAAUCCUACUGAAAACUUACUACACGGCGAAGCAAUUCUACUCGGUUCGCAAGAUCAUAUCGUGCAUCGAAACAAUUCACAACCUCGAUCUACAGGAGCCAUCUACGCUACCCGUGUCGAUAGCAGCUCUAAAACGUGCUCUCCAAAUCAUUGGUGAAGCGUUGAAAUCCUCCAAGCAGACCCCGAACAUUACCAAAAAACUGGACAGCAUUCUUCGCAUGUUCCCAUCCAAGUCCUUUGUCGAACUGGCCAAAGAUCUGCGGCAGUUCUUCAGCCAUGACUACUCACUGGCCAAAGAGCGACUGGAUCAACACUGUCCGAUGGAACUUUUCCGCUCUACGCUCGCCACACUCAAAAACUGUCUUCGAUGGUUGUCCUACGUAUCGUUCCUUCAAAAUGCGUACGUUUUCCGGCAGUAUCUCGGCAGGCUUUACAGAAUGAAAAGCCUCGAUCAGAUGCGAUCGUACGUGAACUUCAUCGGUAUGGAAUUCAAAGCGAAACUAAUCCCCAGCUUCGAGCCCACCGAUAUAAUGGACUCGAUCGCCUUGGUUGAGCAACUGAUCCUCGCAUCUCAGGACGUUUGUGAAAAACAAGACCUUUCUAAGGUUCUCCAAGAUCUCACAGUUCACAGGAACGCUAUCAGAAACGACGUGAGCACGAUCGGGUAUGCGGUCGAUCAAUUUUUCUUUUUGGAAAUGUACAUCGACCAGGAUGCAGCGAGUGUUGAUCGAGUCCGAACUUUAGUGAAGUGUAUGCUGAACGAUACCACUCGAUCGCAGCGGUACGCAAGUGUGGAUAAGGCCUUGACUAGGACAGCAGCGGAUAUAAUUGCUCGGCUUAAAUUGAAGGAGACUAGUCCGGAGAGAAGGGUGCUGAUGGAGGAGCUUUGGACGCGUUUGGUUCGACAGAACACUGCGGCCAUUGAUUCGUUGAAACACCAAACAGUCGUUCACGAGGAUCAAUGCAUGGAUGAGACGAUGAAGAUACUGACUGAUUUAGGCAUGGCAGUAGAUGAUGAGGGAUUUGUUCGAAUGGUGAAUAGUAGAUUGAAGAAGAAAUACUAUCAAAAUUUGUUCGACUUGAACAACAAAUAUCACGUACUGAACGAAGUGAUCAAGGAUCGACGGAUCGCGAAAUCCACGAGGGAACUCAAACUGAAGCUCAAGGAGAUGAGAUCGCGAGAAGAACAUCAUUUUCAGGGAAAAUUUAAUUCAUUAAUUGAAGCUAUUAGGAAAGUUGUCAUCAAAUACGGAAAUCCUGACAAGAUCAUCUCUCUGGACUUGUCGCCAGUUGAUCGCUUUGCUUUGGAAUAUCACCUUCUGGAAGCGUGCGAGAUAUUGUGCAGUCUGAAGGUACUCAGAGAUAAUUCCCACUCACUGAAAGGUCAUACUCCGGUUAUCGCAGGUCGCAAUCUGCGGAAUUGUCUAGCCCAUGACCGCAUAGCGUACGAAACUCUAACUGGAAACUCCUCUAUGAUCCAAUUCUCUGCACUUUACCUACUUCGUCACCCGAUCAAGCUCUAUUGCAAACCGAUUCUUGCCAUUGAGAUGACUGAUCAAGUGUAUGAUCGCUCGUUCUGCAACAAGUUGGAAUGGAUCAACAAGCAACAAGAAUUUCUCAAAGCCGUUGAAGCUUUCGACAUCGAUCUACUGAAGCGAAUGACAUUGUUCGACAAGGUGCGUAUUUUCCAGCGUAACCAGCUGAACAAUGAUAUCGUGACGAUCGCUCUCAACAGCCAACCUUCCACGUUCAUCGAACAUCUACUGAAUCCUUUAAUCGAACCGAAUUUCUUCGUUUUCGUUCUGAAUCAACCGAUAGAGUUCAAAUUACGCAGCAUGAUCCAUCAUCUCCUGAAUGAUCCUUACAAAUUCUGUUUUACGACAUCCAUCCGAUUUGAAUUGAUCGGUCAUAUCCAAUCACUUUCCCAACAACAAAAUCUUAAUAGACGACUCCACAAUCAAGAAAUCGAACGUAUUCUUAGAAGCUAUGCAAAGGAAUCGAUCACAGCAGUGAUCGACUGCCUAUCAAUCGAUCAAUUCCUCGUGGAUUCAAGGUUUCGGAACACAAUCAUCCAUUGGUCAGUCUUACGAGGCGACGUAGAAAUGGUACGACUGUUCCUCAGCAAACACCAAGCCUUCAUCGACGAGCUGAACGUCUUCGAAGAUACUCCGCUAGCACUGGCUGUACGAUACGGAUUCACAAACAUCGUUAACCUUCUUUUGGAAUACAAAGCAAACAUCAAUCUGGGAAAGUGGCACCCUCUGUGGAUUGCAGCCAAAUUGAACGACCUGAAGUUGCUCCCCUAUCUAGUCAACGAUCAAACCGACAGAUGUCCUCAAAGAAACAAUCCUCUGGAUGGAGCGCUACAGCAAAACAAUCUGCGCUUCUUCGUCUCACUCCACGAAAACUAUGGAUUUGGUUACGAUGCUGGAGAGUUACUUCAUAAGGCCAUAAACCUUAAACGAACUCAUUUCUUUCGGUAUAUUAUUUCUUCUGAAGAGGGUAAAGGACUCUUCAAAACACUCAACUCAGUGCGAUUUACGCCAUUGAUGAUGGCAGCCGUUUGCGGGCGAACGGAAAUGCUCUGCGAACUACUUCAUAACGGAGCUGACGCUUCAUUUGUUAACGAAAGUGGUUUUACCGCACUACACUGUGCAGUGUACAGUCAGAAACGGGUUAUCAUCGAUACUUUGCUUCAAAAUCCACUCGUCGACAUCAACACAAUUGCUGAUGGCCAGCUCACAGUAUUGAGUAUAGCAAUCGGCAAGCGGAACAUCGAAAACGUCCGUUACCUUCUUUCCAAGGGAUCUACUGUGAUGGACAAACACCUAAUACAGGCUGGUUACUACAAAGCUUACGACAUAGCUCGAAUACUGCUUGAGCAUAGUCCCAGACUUUUAAAUGUAACCAAAGACGUCUAUAAUCGAACUUUACUGAUGUAUGCCGUCAUUGAUCGCGACUUGAUCAUGUUGGAUUAUCUGAUCGCACAUGGAUCAGAUCUAGACGCGCGUACCCGUGGUGGACUAACAGCUCUUCAUAUUGCUGCCGGCAGCAACAAUCUUGAAAUUUGCGAACGCCUGAUCGAUGCAGGUUGUGAUCUAGAAUCGGAAGAUGACUUCAAACGAACUGCCCUGACCAUAGCCGUUGAGCAUGAAUUCACAGUUCUGGCUAAAUAUUUCCUUUCACGAGGAUCGAGUUCUGAUUCCGUUCGAUCGUACAGAUUCGAUCUCUACAAGGCAUCCUUUCUGCACAAAUUUGCCUACGAAAAUCGGUUCUACAUGGUUCAAUUUCUGCUCCAGCACUGCGCCUUCGAUCGAUCCUUGCUCGAUGACAGCGGUAGAACCGCCCUUGAUCAUGCUCGAGAACAGGGACACCAUGCCGUAGUUGCCUUACUAUCGAGUUCCUCCAUUCACUAACUGUGAUCGCCAUAUAUGAUCCUUUUC